CACGGCAACAGACAGAGAAGGGAUUAUUCUCGACCUUUACCUGUUUCAACGAGAUAAACUGGAUUGAAUGGGAAUGGGAAUGGGAAUGGGAAUGAGAAUGGGAAACAUUCAAAAUCUCGACUCCUCGUCAAUAUGUCACCUUACAUAUUACCAUCGAACCAAACGGCAAUAAUACCUUUCUUAACACGACCCACCACGGCACAAAAUUUGAAUGAUGGAAGCAAGGAAAACCCAGAUCUAAACUCUCCUCGUUCGGUGUAGCCGCCCGAACCCUGAGUUACGGCGCAGUCUGCUUUUACUUUUGCUUGGGACCUUUCACUUCUUGGUGUGUUCUGAACGAUAGGAACGAACUUUUAAUAUAAAAUCUUUUCAAAAUGACGAGUUCAAUAGAUCAUUCGUCACCUUUGUCUUCCAGCCAGAAUUAAAGGAGUUUCAAAUGUUUGGUUCCAGCUUAUCGGUUUGUUCAAAUCUGGUUAGGAUUGCGAAGAAGAUUGGAGCUCCUAGGAUGGUCAAUCUACACGAUCGGUUCAUCAAGCCCUAUGAAAGUAGUUCUUCGUUAUGUGAUAGGUCAGGCCAUCUAAGGAUCGUGGGUAUAAGCUACCAAAGGCUCAAAGCUCACGAUGGUACCUGGAGAUCCACCAUAAUAUAUGACAGCUGUACGGAGUUGGUACUCUUUCAAGGGCAGUUACUGGAUACAUCGGACGGGAAGAUAGUGAUUACUAUUCACGAACAGGUGCCCUCAUUUAGAUGUUCGGUCCCUUGUUCUUGAUACAUCGUUGAACGAUUGGUUCUAUUCAGCUGCAUUCAUGAGAAGAUGGGUGUUCUCCCACGGUUCUGACCUUGAUAUGAUUAUUCGAACUUCUAUCGUGGGUUCUCAUUGGUUGGUUUUAAUCUUUCGUGGCUCAACAAACAGACCCAAUCAUUCACCUGAGCUCCAAGAAGAGACUAGGUACGGAGAAUUGCCUCGGUUUCGGAAGAUGACAAGUGGGUCUGUCGUCGAUUUCAUCUGAAGCUAUUCCCAUUUCAUGGGUACAUGUUAAAAUCUAAGUGGAUUUUUACAGAUGACAGCUCUCCACAAACUGUGUCCCUUGAUCUUUGGUAUGGUGUAUCCCAAUAUAUCUCAAUAGCACGAGCCACAAUACAUACACACCACGCCCAGUCAUACUCAAAUAACAUUAUCAAAUCUUCCUUCGGACCCAUUUUCAAAAGGUUCUAGAGGGAAAAUAAGGCGAUGUUUGCUGGCAGCCACAAGUAUCGUGCCCCAAUGAUUUUAUACGAUCCAUUUUAAGAGUAGAUCCUCGCCAAAUCUAUCGGUUCGUGGAGGUACAAGGUCAGGCAACUUUCCGAUUGACCAGCAAUGUCCAUGUCUAAUGGUGGCAAUUUUCAACAAAAAUGAUUGAAUGAAACGAGGCUUCAUCGAUCAUAUACCAUUGAUAUUGUUUUAAGGAUGGAAAUUUGAAAUUAGUAUCUACAUGAAAUUUACAUUUUAGUUCAACGAACCCCAGAACUUAUACUCCACCUGUUCUUGACUCUCUUUGAUUGUACUCUUUGACUUUCAAAUAUACAUACCCUUCUGCCGUUACCCAUUGUGCUUAGGUUAUCUCAAAGCUUGGUUGGCAGUGACAUAUUCGAUGUAUUGGUGUUACGAAGUCAACGACUUGCAAAAACCUGGCCAUUGGAUUUGAGAUUGCCCGGAUGAUAUGAGCUGUACAAAUCUCGUUGUGGAGGCAUGGACAUCUUGGGCCAUAGCCGUCGUGUUCAUUGCAGUGAGAAUUUCUGCACGAGUUUCGAAUCUGGGAUGGAGACAAUUAAAAUUGGAUGAUGGUUUAAUGUUUGCCGUUUUGUUCGCAUAUACAGCUGAAGCAACCUCAUCAUACUACCUCGUGGCUCGCUGGUUAGGUUAUUCGAAUGGUGGAAUGACUGAAUUGGAGCGUCAGACUCUUGAUCCUAAUUCUUUAGAAUGGUUGUACCGAGUUAACGGGGCUAAAACGCAUAUUUGGAAUUGGGUAACCUACAUUUCGUUGAUGUGGUUACUGAAAGCUUGUUGGAUCACCUACUAUGCUCGUUUGAUUUCAGCUGCUGAAAAAAGGCCAUUGAAACGUAUCACUGUAGGAUAUGUGGUGUUGGGUGUCACAUAUCUAUCAGCUAUUCUGGUAGUAUUUUGUAAAUGCAUGCCAUUGAAGAAGCAAUGGCAAAUUUAUCCAGAUCCAGGAAAUUCCUGUUAUUCUGGCAAUUCUGUCUUUCAAAUGGCUUUCAUCAUGUCUGUUAAUACAGUAACCAAUAUGUAUAUCAUGGCUAUACCUCUACCUACAAUUCUUGGUACCAAGUGCAUGUUACCAUAUCAAAAGCUCUUUCUUCUCGUCCUUUACAGUGGAGGAUUUCUCGUCACCGUCUUCGGAAUCCUACGUUGUGUUUCCAUCUUGACCACCUUAGGCACAGCCACAUCAAGCGGACAAUGGUCGCUUCGCGAAUCAUUUCUCGCAGUCCUAGUAACCAAUCUUCCAAUCGUCGCUCCCAUCAUCAAACGUUAUUCCCAACAAGUCCGUGAUCAAUCCACGAAAAUCUCAUCACAUACAGGAAGUUCGCCUUUUCGAGAAGAGGAGGUCGAAUUGGGUGAACUGAAACUGAAUCAUGAAAGAUCCCGAUCAAGAGGAAGAAAGCAAUCUUUAAUCCCUAGGAUCAAAGAAAUUGGACCUGGGGAGUGGGAUGAUGAUGAGGUUGUUAUGGUUCCGAAAGCUGCGCUGCAGAGAUCUUACAUGGGGUGCAAAAGUUCGGCGCCAAGUGAAGAUGAGAGGGGGAAUUAUUUCCAGUCUCGUUCGCACACAUCUACUACUCCUAACGGCAAUGGGAGCUCGAAAGAAGAAUUGCAAAUAUCGGAAUUACAACAGCGAUUAGAUUUAGUACCGAAGAAGGAAAAGAGUAAUAUGAGAACGACGAUUCAGGCGGGCUAUGGAAAUCAUAAUCGCUGGAAUUGGAGCAGGGAUGAGAGGAAAGAUGGAGAAGGGGAGGAGGUGGAAGAGGGUCAGAUUAGAGUGGUGCAGGAAUUUAGAUUUACGAAUAGUGCUAGUAGUGUUUAUGGGGGACCUGUUGCUGGACGAUAGGUUGAUAGAGGAUAUGAGAAGAGAAAAUGGGGGAAGAAGGGAGGGUGAAGGGAAGACGAAAUUAUAUGAUAC